AUGGCGAGAUGUCGAAGGAUUGACAGCUUUGCUAGCCGCACUGCAGAGGAAAAACAUGGACAUGGUGAAUCUCUUGAUGCCCUACGACAAGGUGAGUUUGAAUUGCAGUUCAUGCGCAAGGUGGUAGAGGCAUGGGCAUCUGCAGUCCGCCAGGCCGGCAUUCAACUGACCGAUGUUGUGACUGACUUCGUUAAGCGUGCUUCCCAGUUGAAUACUGAGGGCCGAAUUCCGCAGCUGAUGCAUCGAAUCGCAAAACUCGCCGAGAGAUUCGCCCUCUAUGGGGGCGAACUGGAGAAGCAAGUCGCCGACGCACGCGCCUUUCUGAACGCCUACCGAUCAAUCGAUAAUCGCCACAUGGAUUCGAUCAACCUGUUGCUUAAAGAGGAUUUGGAGAACAUGAUCGGUUCGCAGCUUGUAAAUUUGGAGCAGAGCGUGCGUGACCUGCUGCAAAUUGGCUCGUUCAGAUACAGCCUCAGCCUCGACCCAGCGUCGAUGCCUGGCAGGGUCAGCGAUUCAAUGGUAUCGGCCCUUUAUCGUGACGUCACGAUCGUUCCCGCCGAGAGACAGCAGGCGGUCAUCGCAAUCAAGCCCUUCCCCUGCUCCUUUGGGACGGCCAUCCCUUGCCAGUCCGGAACAGGAGGGCUGUGUAUAAAAGGUCAUGAAGUCCUGGCUCUUUGCCUCGAUUCUACUACCUACUCUGGGCACCCCCUCAACGCCAUAUUCAGCAAUCAGUCCCUCUUCACACUCAACCCCGAAUCUUCCCAAGAUAUCCCCCAACUAGCCAAGAUGCAGUUCUUGGUCGUCGCCUCCUGUGUCGCAAGCGUCCUCGCCGUGCCCGCCGAGAUGACUUCGCGCACCGGCAACCACCAGGCUGAUGGCGACCGUUGUUUCUACAUUGGGCUGGGUGCCAACACUCACGCGGCAUAUGAACCAUACCAAUGCUGCCCUACCUCGUAUCUCAACAGAGAAGUAGCACCUGCGCCUGCACUUAUGCCCCAAAUGUAG